AUGGGAACACGGAAGAAGUGUGAGCACGGCACAUUCAUCGGGUAUGAUGACAAGGUCAAGGACAAUCGCGUGUUUGUCAAACGCAUCAAGAAGGUUUUGGCAUCGCGGCAUGUCCAGUCGAUAAACUCGGCCAAGAAGAGUAUCUACAAGGAUCUACAAGCUAUAGAUGAUGUACAUAUCGACACUUCUCUGACGCAGAGGGCAUACCGAGUCCAAGUGAAUAUGGAUCGAGUGUUUCUGGUCGCGAAGAAAUUGAAGAUGACUUACACACUGGUGUAA